GAGCACUUAGUAUACCAUCUAAGAGCUCUCAACAGGACAAAGAACCCUGACACAUGAGAUCAUCUUCUAAUUCUUUCUAAGUUCACAUUUGGAUCAUGGUUUGAAAUUGGGCCGUUUUGUACAUUAUUACAUUGUGGGUAUGAAGCCCAGCCCAAAAUGUUCCUCCUCCUCCAUCCCUCUCCCGCCACCUAUUCCACUAAACCCUAAACCCUAAUCUCCCAAACCUCACUAUCACCAGGCACCGCUACGCCUUCCCUUUCAGCUCCAUAGCCAAAUCCGAAGAAAACGAAGAACUAUGGAAACCGAUAACUCAGUGGACCUGAAGGUGGAGGAGCUCUUGAAAGAGGUCCAGCUUGAAUAUUCACAUGCGCUCACCAAGUUCGUAGACGACGCCGUUUCGUCAAUCAAAGACGCCAUCGGUCAAAUUCCAGAAGACCUCAAGGUUACGGCGGAUUUAGCUCCGGGAUUCGUCAGAGACAUUGGUGCAGACAAAGCUGAAUUCGAGUUCAAGAAGCCGAAAUCUCUGAAGAUUGGCGGCAGUUAUGCUAUAGGGUUCCUUGUGAAGCCAGAGUUCAAUGUGGAUCUUUUCGUUCAGUUGCCCAAGGAGUGUUUUCAUGAGAAAGACUAUUUGAAUUACCGGUACCAUGCUAAAAGGUGCCUGUACCUUUGUGUGAUUAAGAAGUACUUGACGUCGUCAGCCUUAGUUGGUAAGGUAGAGUGGUCCACCUUCCAGAAUGAAGUUCGGAAGCCCGUGCUGAUUGUGUAUCCAGUCAAGAAACUUGUUGCACUCCCUGGGUUUUUUGUAAGAAUAAUACCUACAGCACCAUCCCUUUUUAGCAUUCCGAAAUUGAACUUGCAGCGGAAUAAUGUUCGUGCUGUGAGUAAAGGGGGCAUUCCUCAGGCUACUCCCAAGUACAAUAGUAGCAUUUUGGAAGACAUGUUUAUAGAAGAUACCGAAGAAAUUGUCAAGCAAACUUUUCUAGGAUCCAAGGAAUUACGAGAGGGAUUAAUUUUGCUGAAGGUCUGGGCUCGCCGUAGGACGCCAAUAUAUGCUCAUGAUUGCCUGAAUGGGUUUCUAAUCUCUGUCAUAUUGGCAUAUCUUGUGGAUAGGAACCAUGUCAAUAAAUCAAUGAAGGCAAUGCAAAUAUUUCGUGUUACAAUGAAAUUCAUUGCUACUUCAGAUUUGUGGAAACAUGGCCUCUACUUCAUACCAAAGGGCCAAAAAGCCAUUUCGAAAGAGGAGAGGCUGCCUUUUAAAGAAUCAUUUCCGAUUGUUAUAUGUACUCCAUCUAGGACCUUUAAUUUAGCCUUCCGGAUAACAAGGGUUGGAUUUCUUGAGCUCCAAAAUGAAUCUACAAUGACACUGGCAUGUAUAGAGAAAUGCAGAGAUAGUGGAUUUGAGGAAGUUUUUAUGACCAAGAUUGACUAUCCUGUUAAAUAUGACCAUGUGAUAAGGUUGAACUUAAAGGGGAAGAGUUCGGUUUAUGUAUCGGGAUUUUGCUUGGAUGAUGAAUGUUGGAGGGUGUACGAGCAGAAGGUUUAUAAUGUAUUAAGUCAUGGGUUGAGUGACCGAGUGAAGACUGUACAUGUGACCUGGAAAAGCAUGUUAUCAGAAUCCGCUCUACAAAAUGGAUUGUCGACACUCAAUGCGGAGCCAUUGCUAAUUGGAAUUUCAGUAACCUCUUUAGAUAAAGCUUUCAGAAUUGUUGAUAUUGGUCCUGAUGCUGAUAAUAAGGAGGAGGCUCUCAAAUUCCGCCAGUUCUGGGGGGAUAAGGCUGAGCUUAGGAGAUUCAAAGAUGGAAAAAUAGCGGAAAGCACAGUUUGGGAAACUGAGCAAUGGAAAAGACACAUCGUUAUAAAAAAGAUUUCUGAGCAUGUGCUUCUCCGACAUCUUUCACUAUCGAAAGAGAAUAUCUUGCAUAUCGUGGAUCAACUAGAUUUCUCUUUGCUAUAUGGUGCUGAAGAUCCUAUAUCUUCUACCGCGAGUUUGAUUGGGGCAUUUGAAAUUCUAUCGAAGCGCUUGCGCCUUAUUGAAGACAUACCUCUGAAAGUUUCUACGGUGCAGGCCCUAGAUUCGGCUUUCAGGUUUUCAUCUGUCUUCCCACCUGAACCUCAUCCGCUAGCUAAUGAAAAGGGUUCUUUCGUAAAACUAAAUAAGUUCCCUCCUUCAUGCAUCCGGCCGCUGGAAGUUAUGAUUCAGUUGGAAGGUUCUGGAAACUGGCCUAUGGAUGAUGUAGCAAUUGAGAAAACCAAAUCAGCAUUCCUUCUUAAAAUCGGAGAGAGUCUUCAGAAUAGUUGGGGGAUGACAUGUACAGCCACGGAGGAUGAUGUGGAUGUUUUUGUCUCUGGAUAUGCCUUUCGCCUUAAAAUUUGGCAUGAGAGAGGCCUAACUUUGAUGAGACGAGAAACUGGGAAUGAGCAUGUAAAUAAGGUUUCUAAUGUGGACAAGGAACUAUACUUCCGCAGUCAACAUUCCAGCAUGAUCAAUGGAUUACAGACUUGUUACCCAGCAUAUGGGCCAGUUGUUAGGCUUGCAAAACGAUGGGCUGCUUCACAUCUAUUUUCGGCUUGCUUGGAAGAGGAGGCAGUUGAGCUAUUGGUGGCAUAUAUAUUUUUGAAGCCUUUACCAUUUAAUGCUCCAUGCUCACGGAUCACUGGAUUUUUAAGGUUCUUGCGUUUACUAUCAGACUAUGACUGGACCUUCUCUGCAUUAGUUGUUGACAUAAAUAAUGAUUUGACGCCAAAUGAUGAGAAAGAGAUAAGAGAAAACUUUAUGUUUAGUAGAAAAGGCUAUGAAGAAAAUCCUCAAAAUGUAAACUCAGCACUGUUCUUAGCUACAGCAUACGACAAGGCAUCUGAGGCCUGGACCAGAUUUUCACCAAAUUCAGUGGAGCUGAAAAGGUUGGUGGCCUAUGCUGGAAGCAGUGCAAACUUGUUGACCAAACUCAUAUUGGAGGACCAGAGUGAUUCUUAUAGAUGGGAGUGCCUUUUUCGAACUCCUUUGAACAAUUACGACGCUGUGAUUCUUCUUCAUAGAGAAAAAUUACCUUAUCCCCAACGCCUUCUCUUUCCAUCCGAAUUGCAUCAAGGGGUGCAUGUGGCACGUGGGAAUGCAAGCAAGAGUUUCCACCCCUUUCUUUUGCCUGGAGAUUUUAAAGGAAGCUUAGAGGAUCUAAGAAACAAAGUAUUGGUAAACUUUGAUCCGCUGAGGUGUUUUAUUGGGGAUCUAGAGAAAGAGUACUCCAACGCUUUCAAGCUAUGGUAUGAUUCUCUCGGUGGUGAUGCUGUUGGCAUAACAUGGGGAGGAUGCAGUUCAAAGAAACGGGGGCGGGAAGAAGCAGAUGAGGAAGUAAAAGAUCCAAUUGAUUUGUUAAAAGAUGUUGGUAAAGUCGGAACAGGGUUCGUGAGGGGCAUUUAUCUUCUCAAAGCCCCAAGGCGGUCAUAGUUGAUCUUUUAAUUCUACAACACUGAUUCAUGUAUCACAAAAAUUUUGCUUCUGAGUUACUGCUGCUUUAUUGCUAUAUACAACCGUAUAGACACGGUGCACCUGAGAAAAGUGAGAGAGGACAGGUUUAUGAGGUUAG